CAUGGCUGGAAAUCCAGUAAGACACCAGUCGGUCGCUUUCUUUCUAGAUUUCGGAUAUGUAAUAAUGAUAUAACCUAAGGGCAAACUGACAGGACGGGAGGGAGGUGGAGAUGAUCACUGUCACACUGUGUAGCGUUGUCACUUUGCAUAGUUGCAUACACUCUACAGGUGUAGUAGAUAUAAUCUACCCUGUACAUGGCGUUCGUUUAAUUACUUAUUUGUAAAUAAUAUUUGCUAGAUUUUUACUUAAUGUGUGGUUACUGUACAACGCUUCCAAAUUCGUAUAUAAAUAUUGUAAUAGAAUACAAACAUUCGAACGUAGUAUGCGAGUUAGGUACGAUCUGGGACCUUGAAAGAACUACAUUGUGGUGUUUGAGAUAAGAAUGUUGUGUCUUUAGGACGUCGAUCUAUGUCAUCCACCAAUAAGAGACGCCGGUAAUAGCGGUUUCAUGUUCUUUUUGGACCACCCUUUUCUUCGAAUUACAUGCGUAUCGAGGUGGAGGCUCUACGCAUAUUCUCAGAGUCGCUAGUGUGUCUCAGGUAGGUUUGUCAGAACGGAUUGUAUUUAGGAUGGUGUCGACAUUUGUACCAUCACGAAAACAUAUUCUUGGUCACACGCUUUAUUCAUACAUGGUUUGAACUAAAACCUCGGAAGGAAUUGUCUAGAAGGCACAAGUGGAAUGGAGUACAGAACGUCUCAUUAGAUAACGUCGCCAAUACAGAAUGUUUACCAUCACUGAAUUAGCGUCGCUGAACGAUAUCCAGCCAACCUACCGCAUCCUGAAACCAUGGUGGGACGUCUUCAUGGACUACCUGGGGGUUGUCAUGCUCAUGUUGUCGAUCUUUGCCAUGACGAUGCAGAUCACGAAGGACCAGGUGGCAUGCCUUCCUUGCCUACAAGAAGCAGAGGAGGCUGUGGCCAUGCCGGACUCGUACACAACACAAAGUCCACUAAAGACCGCUGAACCGGUUGGCACAACGACAGUGCUUGUGGCACCAAUGGUCAAGAACGAUCUGCCAGGCAGUACUGUGAUGCAAGAGAGCUGGCUGCAGCAACCAGUGCCCACAGGGGUCAAAACCAAUUUAGAUUAUCAGCAGUACAUCUUCAUCAACCAAAUGUGUUACCAUGUGGCCUUGCCCUGGUACUCAAAGUACUUCCCCUACCUCACCCUUAUCCACACCCUUGUGCUUAUGGUCAGUAGCAACUUCUGGUUCAAAUACCCCAAGACAAGCUCGAAGAUUGAGCACUUUGUGUCGAUUCUCGGACGGUGCUUUGAAUCCCCGUGGACUACGAAGGCCUUGUCUGAGACGGCUUGUGAAGACUCGGAGGAGAACAAACAGAGGCUGACUGGCGCCGCGUCGGUGGCGAAACAGUUAUCGCAGGAAACUAAAGACGAAAAUGCUGCCAGCUCGUCGACUCCGAUUCUUGGGAACACGGGAUUCAAGUUUUCAGCAGAUAAGCCAGUUACUGAGGUCCCGAGCAUGAACAUCCUAGACAAGAAAGAUGGAGAGCAGGCCAAGGCCCUUUUUGAGAAGGUGAGGAAAUUCCGUGCCCAUGUGGAGGACAGCGAUUUCAUUUAUAAGCUCUAUGUAGCUCAGACCGUGGUUAAAACGGUGAAGUUCAUUUUGAUCCUGUCCUACACAUCAACCUUUAUGGCUUCCAUUCAGUUUAAACAUACGUGUGAGCCUAAGGUCAAAGAGUUAACCGGGUAUAAUAAGUUUGUUUGUACCCACAACAUGGCUUUCAUGCUGGGGAAGCUGCUUGUCAGCUACAUGGUGCUCAUACUUAUCUAUGGGAUGGUGUGCUUGUAUUCCCUACACUGGCUCUUCAGGCGCCCUCUUAAAGAAUACUCAUUUGAGAAAGUCAGAGAGGAGAGUAACUUCAGUGACAUUCCUGAUGUGAAGAACGACUUUGCGUUCCUGCUGCACAUGGUGGACCAGUAUGACCAGCUGUAUUCGAAAAGGUUCGGGGUCUUCCUCUCAGAGGUGAGCGAGAACAAGCUGAGGGAAAUCAGUUUGAACCAUGAGUGGACAUAUGAGAAGCUCAAACAGCAUGUGACCCGAAAUGCCCUAGACCAGCAGGAGCUCCACCUUUUCAUGCUUUCUGGUCUGCCCAAUGCAGUGUUUGACCUCACUGACUUGGACAUACUUAAACUAGAGUUAAUUCCUGAUGUGAGGUUUUCUGCAAAGAUUUCCCAAAUGACCAGUCUGCAGGAACUUCACCUCUGUCACUGCCCCGCCAAAGUUGAACAGACUGCAUUUGUCUUUCUCCGUGACCAUCUCCGCUGCCUUCAUGUCAAGUUCACAGAUGUUGCUGAAAUCCCCACAUGGGUUUAUUUGUUGAGGAAUUUACGGGAUCUUAAUUUAGUAGGGAAUUUGAGCUCCGAAAAUAACAAAAUGAUAGGACUAGAGUCCAUGCGAGAUUUGAAACAUCUAAAGAAACUGUACCUAAAGAGUAACCUCACCAAGAUCCCCUCAAACCUCACUGAAUUGGCCCCACACCUGAUCAAACUGGCAGUGCACAAUGAUGGUACCAAACUCUUGGUACUGAACAGCCUUAAGAAGAUGACAAACCUUUCCGAUCUGGAGUUGCACAACUGUGAGCUAGAGAGGAUCCCCCAUGCUAUUUUCAGCCUAACCAACCUUCAAGAGCUGGACCUUAAAUCAAACAACAUUCGGACCAUCGAAGAAGUCAUCAGCUUUCAACACCUCAAGAGGUUGACCUGCCUCAAACUCUGGCACAACAAAAUUAUCACAAUUCCAACCUCCAUUAGCCAGGUCAAGAGUUUGGAGUCGCUUUUCCUUUCACACAACAAACUGGAGACCCUCCCACCGGUGCUUUUCCACCUCCCCAAGCUGAGGCACCUGGACGUCAGCCACAACUCAAUCACGGUGAUCCCGCCAGACGUGGGUGUCCUCCAGAAUCUCCAACACUUUGCAGUCAAUUCUAACAAGGUGGAGGUGUUACCCAAACAGCUGUUCAAGUGCACCAGGCUGAAGGUCCUGUGUCUGAGCAACAAUGGCCUCACCAACCUACCUGAUUCGGUCGGUCAAUUGGUGCAGCUCACUCAGCUGGAGCUGAGAGGGAACUGUUUGGACAGGCUUCCAAUGCUACUGGGAAACUGCCGCCUUCUACGUAAAAAUUGCCUCAUUGUUGAGGACCACCUUUUUGAUACUUUACCUGUAGAAGUAAAGAGGAGCAUCAGUCGGGAGACUAAUGUCUCCUUUACAAGUGGUUUAUAGUUUAUCACCACUGAUAUCUUAAACCUUCUAUAUUAAAUAAAAUGGAUAUUGGGGCAAUACAAUAUAAAAGUGACAAGUUAUUUACCAGAAAGUAGCCUUGUAGUCUUCUUACUUCUGUGUCUUAAAAAUCGUAGCAAAAUUAACUUUAGGCCAAAUCCUUAAUAAAGACAGAAAUAAAUUUCAAAAAUAAAUCCCUCCAGAAACACAAAUAUUCGGAAUACACACACACACAAUAAUAAUGUUCCCACAAAUUGUAUUUGCAGACAAUGCACUGACUAGCAAUGAACGUCAUCUACUGAUUUAUAGCUUUUAUCCUUUCAGUUUUCAAGCCUUUAUAGACUCUGUGUACCAGCGUAGUGACGAACUUCCGCUUUUGUCUAGAAGUCGGUAUUGCAGUUUCCGGUUUACUUACUAAUACUCA